CCGACAGCCCAGCCAUUAGGAACGUUGAUUUUUUUUCCAUCUAUCCGUCCGUCCGUCCGUCCGUCCGUCCGUCCGUUCGUGGAAGGAAGUGUUCCGUCGUGUGUGAUCGCCCGGUGAACGAAAAUUCGGUGAAGGUUUGUUCGAUCAUCCCUCCGUCGUUCCUCCUUCAUCUCCUUCCAAAAGAUCUCCGGUUUCGCGGAGUUUCGGGACAAAGUUGGAGAAACUAGUGAUAACCGAGAGUGAUUAGAGAGAACUGGUGAACCGAAGAGCCAAGUUUGGUAUCGAGUGGAUUUCUGACAAAGAUGGGUUCGUCUGCGAUCGGCACGAUGGGGACCGUGGUCGCUGGCGUCACGCUGUUAGCUUUCGUCACCGUCGCUCACGCUGCUCUGGCUAGGACAGCGUUCGAGAAGCUGACAGACUACGAUUACCGCGGAACGACGUACUACAGUGUAAGGAACCUGUCUUUAUACGAGUGUCAGGGUUGGUGCCGCGAAGAGGCCGAGUGUCAGGCGGCGGCGUUCUCGUUCGUCGUAAAUCCUUUGGCGCCGAUGCAAGACACCCUGUGCCAGCUGCAGAACGAGACAGCGGCAACGAAUCCAGCGGCACAGCCGCAGAGAGCCGCGAACAUGUACUACAUGACGAAGCUGCAGAUCAGAUCAGAGAACGUCUGUCUGCGACCAUGGUCCUUCGAACGUGUUCCUAACAAGAUGAUUCGUGGUCUAGACAAUGCUUUGAUCUACACAUCGACGAAGGAAGCUUGCCUAGCGGCUUGCCUCAACGAACACCGUUUCACCUGUCGUUCCGUCGAAUACAACUACGUAACUUUGCAAUGUCAUUUGAGCGAUUCCGAUCGGAGAACGACUGGCCAAUACGUGCAAUUCGUGGACGCCCAGGGCGUGGAUUAUUUCGAAAAUCUGUGCUUAAAAGGGAAAGAGGCGUGCAAGUCCCAAAGAAACUUUCAAAUGCCACGAAUCGGCGUGGCCGACGAUAAGGUUGCUCAAUAUGCGGGAUUACACUAUUACACGGACAAAGAACUGCAGGUUCAAAGCGAAUCCGCGUGUAGGUUGGCUUGCGAGAUCGAGAACGAGUUCCUUUGUAGAUCUUUCCUCUAUCGUGGCGCUCCUCAAGGAUCUGCUUACAAUUGUCAGCUAUUCCAUCUGGAUCAUUGGACGCUUCCCGAUGGCCCUUCGACGUACCUCAAUGCGGAACGACCAUUGAUCGAUAACGGCGAGAGAGUUGGAACUUACUUCGAGAAUUAUUGCGAAAAGGGUACUGGACCAUUAGCGGACCCGCCAGUCGUCUUCGAGACCACGGAAGACCCCACCAUAAAUAACCUGACGAGGAAUGACAUAAACUGCGAUAAAACUGGUACCUGUUACGACGUAUCCGUCGACUGCAAAGACACGCGAAUUGCCGUCCAGGUUCGUACGAACAAGCCAUUUAAUGGCCGUAUUUAUGCUCUCGGCCGUUCGGAGACCUGUAACAUCGAUGUGAUUAAUAGCGAUCUCUUCAGGCUCGAUCUGACUAUGAGUGGGCAAGACUGUAACACUCAGAGUGUGCGUGACGGUUUUCAGACUGGCAUCUACUCGAACACGGUCGUCCUUCAGCAUCAUUCCGUGGUGAUGACCAAGGCGGACAAGAUUUACAAAGUGAAAUGCACGUACGACAUGUCGUCGAAAAAUAUUACAUUCGGAAUGAUGCCUAUCAGGGACCCGGAAAUGAUAAGUAUCACCAGCGCGCCGGAAGCCCCGCCACCAAGAAUUCGUAUCCUCGACAGCAGAUCCAGGGAAGUGGAGACUGUCCGUAUCGGAGACAAGUUAACGUUCAGAAUCGAAAUCCCGGAAGACACUCCUUACGGAAUUUUUGCAAGAAGUUGCGUCGCCAUGGCCAAGGAUUCAAAAAGUACCUUCCAAAUCAUCGAUGACGAAGGUUGUCCGGUGGAUCCGUCAAUCUUCCCGAGUUUCACACCUGACGGAAACGCUCUUCAAUCAAUCUACGAGGCAUUCAGAUUCACCGAGUCUUACGGUGUGAUCUUCCAAUGCAAUGUCAAGUACUGUUUGGGACCAUGUGAACCGGCUGUCUGCGAGUGGGGACGUGAAUCGGUCGAGUCGUGGGGUAAGAGGCGUCGAAGAAGUAUCACGAAUGCCACGGAAGAAAAAGCAGAGGAUAUGACGCUGUCUCAGGAAAUUCUUGUUCUCGACUUUGGCGACGAGAAACAGUCAGACUUCUUGAAGAACGACGCCAGCAUAGAUUUCAACGAAGCCGAUAAAACAGUAACGAUAGUAGAGCCCUGUCCAACAAAGACUUCGGUGCUGGUUCUAGGAGUGACGUGCGCUCUGCUAGUUCUUAUCUAUAUUUCCACAAUCUUUUGUUAUUACAUGAAGAAAUGGCUGUCGCCCCGCAAAAUGAUGCCCUGAAAAUUCCCCGUCAAACUCAAGUGAUGACGAGAGAAGCGGCAAGGAAAAACUACGGAUAAAGUGCAAACUCACCUUGCGUAACACAUCGUACGUGUUAUAAGACUGCAUCCGAUGAACCCGAGAGGCACGUGUUCGAAUAGACGGAUGGAAAAAUUGCAAUUUUGCGCCGUCAUCGCCGAUAUUACUCACGCUUCGCGCGAAACGCUUUUCUACGAAUUGAAGAGCCGUGCCGCGCAAAAAAACAUUCAUUUUUCCACACUAUGAACAUACAUUUUUCAUUCAGGCGGUGCGCUUUCGGGUUUGUCGCGAUGCGUCCCCUGCUAUCGAGAACUUAUCAUUCAUACUACAUUAAGCGGAAACAUGAUAUUCCAAACGUCGCAUUCGAUUCGUGAGGCAAUUGAAUUAAUCGGAAUACAGAUGCCCCGUGGCAAAGAACUUCCAACGAUACACGUAAAUAUUAAAAGGCGAAGAAAAAUCAAAAAGGGGAAACGAAUAGUAUCUCUAAAAAAAGAAUGCUAAAUCAAACAGGAUCUAUUGUUCGCCGUUAAAUCGAGAGCUUGCACAUGGCGGAAGUCACAAGUUGCUUAUGCAACGCUCUGAAAAAAAUCUUUUCAUUGACGAUGUUAAAAGCACACUCAUUAUAGAACACUUUAAAUAUAAUUUCACACGACGAUUAAACGAUGCGGCGAGAAUCACGAGGCUUGUCGCUUGUGCAACGCCUCGUAAGGGGGAAUUAGUUUUACAUACAGUUGAGGAUGGAUUUCGUAGACAACGAUAGAGGUAGACAACGAUUUGGCUUCAGAAUAUCUUACCGGACAAUCUCUAUACUUACGCGUUUUACAUCUGAUAUUCCAUUCAUUUAUACAUAAUAUUUAUCGUACAUGUAUGUAUAUCGGAUCUUUUAGAUCGCAUGGGUCGAAGAUCGCAGGGAUCUUGCGUGCAAUAUGUCGUAGCGAGUCGCGGAACGUGCAUUUUCUCGAGAACGAUGAAACUAUGGGAGAUAAAGGAAUUACGCAUCGCGUGGACAUCUCUGUGACGUCAUGUUCCUCGUAUCGAGAAAACAAAAUGAUACAUUUGGUCGAUUGGACAACAAUUGUUCCCCGAUCCGUGAUUACUAUGUUCUUUUCUCUAAGAAUAACCAGGGACACCCUGACGACAAACGUUGUAAUAAGUACACUUUAUUUAAGGACAUUUUAGACACAGCUAACUGUCUUAUCUCUUACGAGCUACUUCUGAUCGGAUUGCAAGGAGAAUAAGUUAUAACGAACGACAAAUCUCUCCCCCUUCGUCGUUCGAUAUAACUCUCCGUGGUCUCCUCGAGCUGCUGCGGAAUGAGAUAAAUAUCUAGAUCAAGCAUCGUUCGACACAGCUCUAGCCACAUUUUUCAUUCCGCGGAAAUCUACUUGUAACCCGUAUCAAGACUAGCGAUAUUUAAAGGUUCACGCUUCACUAACGUUUCUAACGAUACAACUAGCGUUUAAGGUAGAAAAUAAACGAAGCAUGUAAGCAUAAAUAGAAAAAGAAGCGAAGAAAACGACCGAGAAACAGCAUUCUUUGAUUAAUAGAUUCCGUGCUGAAGUCAUGCCAACGCUUUUUGUUUUUUAGACGCUCGAAACUGUUUUCCUUGUUUUCAUGGAAUCUGCCGUCGGGUAUUUGAAAAAUUAUAAUUACCGCGAUUAGAGAAAAAGAUGAAAAGUAAAUUCAAUGUUAUUGGAAUAAUUGGAAGAUUAAUCUAACAUGAACUGAACGUGGAAUUGAAGUUGAAAAUGCUGUUCGCCCGAAAUGAAUUAUGAGAAAAACCAUCCUUUUGGGAUUAUUAGGUGCAGGUACUUUAAUCUUCGAUAUCGAAUAGACAUGCCAAUAUCGAUGUACAUGUAUUUGAAUCACAUCAUAUUUCCAUUCAGUCAUCCUUAUUAAUCGUUGAAGCAGUUUGACGCCAUUAUUUCAAAAUGACAAGAAUUAUUUUAACGAAACUUUUGCGAAGAAUUGACGUUGAAAAUAUAUUUUUAAGAAAACCCACGAUGAUCCAUAUCUUACAUAAUUUAGAUAGAACGAAAAUAUGAUGUAGGUAUGUCAAUCAUAAGAUAUUAGCAACAUUAAUCAUACUUUUAUAUAAAACACAUCGAAUAUUUUCGAAUGAUUACUUUGUGAAAAAAGAAGGAAGGGACUAGCUAGCAUCCAUCAAAUUUUUCUUUUAUGAUAUUCUCCAUUGUCUUCGACGUGAUUAAAAAAAAAUGCAUUUCGAAAAGACUCGACGCUCAAGGAUAGAAAUGGAAAAAACAAAUGUAUAUAUCAUUGGAUCGUAAUAGGUAUUGAGAUGCAAACACACAUAAGUACACGUAUCACUAUCACAUGUAUUUGUACUCUAUUUAUGUACGCGAAUGUUUCAGUAAUUAAAUGAAGAUCAAUCUCGAAAAAAUCUUGUUUCCCUUUAUUUUUAUUGGACAACUGAUAGAUAAUGUUCAUAUGACGCAAAUUAUUAUUAAGUUGCAAAUAUAUCCAUCAAAUUCUAGUAAAAUUUCAAAUAUCCUACAAUAUGCAUUUGAGAUUGCUAUUAACAAACGUCGAUUGAUGUGCCGCAGGAUUCUUGAACAACCGACCGUGUAAACAAAUUGAAACAAUUGGUCGACAGCCAAUGAUCGGAUCGAACUUGUGAUUAAUCGAGUUGUGUAGGAGCACGUAUUAAAGAUGCACAUGUAUGAGUUUGUUAUUGCAACAAGCAAUAAUAUGAAUCACUUGAUACGGUUAGUGUCGAUGAAUAGUCAGUUGAUUGCAGAUAAAAAUAAUUGCGGCAUCUUUGUUUAAAAAUAGAUUGCAGUUGCAUCCAUCGAAAACAUACUUUUAAAUUAUUUCUGUAACAUUAACACGAGUGAAUCGAGUUUUUAAAGUUUACUAACUAAGUGCUGAAUGAGUAAAAUAAAAAACAUAUUUAUCCUUGA